UGGCGGGAGGAGUACGGUGGUGCCUCCUGCUGUCACCCGCGGGGCUUGGCCUGACCAUCCCGUCGCUCUCCUUUCCACUACGGUGCCCGGGGCCUCCGCCUUUUACUCCCCGCAGCGCGACAGUCAUGAGUCUUCCUGAGCAGCAGCAGCCGCCGCAGCUGCCCCCGCAGGACCUGGCCCCGCUGGAGCCGCCAUCCCUCGGCCCGGGCUUGGGGCCGCCCGCAGUGAGUUCAGGUGAUGCUUCUCCAGAUGAAGGGCUAAUAGAAGACUUGACUGUUGAAAAUAAAGCUCUGGAGCAACUAGCACAAGGAUUACUUUCUCAUUAUUUACCAGACUUGGAGAGAUCAAAGCAAGCCCUACAGGAACUCACACAGAACCAAGUGGUAUUACUAGAUACAUUAGAGCAAGAGAUUUCAAAAUUCAAAGAAUGUCAUUCUAUUUUGGAUAUUAAUGCUCUGUUUACAGAAGCUAAAUACUAUCACACCAAGUUAGUGAAUAUAAGAAAAGAGAUGCUGAUGCUUCAUGAAAAGACAUCAAAGUUGAAAAAAAGAGCACUUAAGCUCCAGCAAAAGAGACAGAAAGAAGAGUUGGAACGGGAACAGCAACGAGAAAAAGAAUUUGAAAGAGAGAAACAGUUAACUGCUAAACCAGCUAAAAGGACAUAAAAAACAAUCAGCAGUCAUCUUGUUGAUGUACAUAUGUUUAUUUUUAUAUGUAUAUAUGUAUAGAGUGUGUACAUACUUUUUUUUUUCUUUCCUCUAUUCCCUAUUCUUUGGAUUUAAGAGAGCUUGAUUGGUAGGGUCAGUUUGAUGUAGUGCCUUAUGCCAUCGUUCAGAAUUCUAACGUGCUUUGCACUCAUUGAAUUGCCAUGUUUUCAUUCUAGCCAUUUAGGAUGCUUUGUUUUUCACUGGUUAUCAAAAUGUGAAUUUAUUUUAAUUUUAUAUGAUAUUUAAAUUUUUUUUUAACUUAGCUCUUCUUAUACUUUUAAAAAUCAACUGGAUUUUUGCCUUGAUACAUCUAAUGAUGAAUGGUUUCAUUUCAUUCAUUUGACACAUAUUAAAAGCACUUAUUUUAUACAGUGCCCUUAGGGUUGAAAGAAUAGUCACGGUCCUGUUACUGAACAUGUACAAAAUUUUAAAUUUGUUUCUUGCUUAUUGGAAUGCCUUGCUCUUUUUUUGAGCCAUAUAAUGACGACUUUUGAUUUUCUGUCCCGUGAUCAAAUUGAGAAGGCCUCUUCCAUUGCUUUUGUUAAGAAAGAACUCUAGGGAUGUUACCACGCCAGCUGCCUAACAAUACAUGCCAUUGACAUGAAGUGCAUUGUAUAAAACCUACAUUAGUGUAGGUUUUCAUGGGAAUUUUCAUGGGAAAAUUUGACACAGUAAAUAAUGGCAUAGUGUUAGUGGCAUCUUUGACAUAGGAAAAUAAGCAAAAGAGAAAAUUGUUUUUAUAGAAUGGAGACCACAUAGUUUUUCUUUUCCCACCAUUUUUAGACCUUAUAUCCUUAAUGACAUCAACAUCUUAAUGUGCUUUAAAUUGGAAUACUUGUUCUGUAAGCUGGUAUUAUAGGGCUUAUAUACAUCCAUUUUGUUUUGUCAGGACAUAAAAUAGUGUAAUUUUCCAAAGGCUCUGAAGGCUAUGCCCAUUGGCCCUUCUUUACUUGAACAUAUUUCGUAAUGAUUUUCAAGCACUGAAAUGAUAAUCAAGUAGAUAGGGUUAUUUAAGUCCCAUUUCUUCAUUUGCCAGUGUGGUCUCUAGCUCUGUCUUGUGAUUUCCUGUGUCUCGUUAGUGGUUACCUUAUCAUUCCAUACUUUGCUUCAUUUAUAAAAUGAAAAUAAUAUGUUGCCUACCCAUUUUAUAGUGAUAUUAAUGGAUCAGAGAAGGUUGAUAAAGAAAGUACUUUGAGACCUUUUAAGAAAGACACACACCAUUGUGAAACUUAGUUUUUUUCAAAAAUUUUUAAAAUACAUGCAGGAAGGUAUUAUGUGGGGGAAAUUAUAGUUUCACUCUCUAAAAUCCAGUGUGCAUAUCCCUCUUUUAAUGUUAAGGGGUAUUUAACAAUUGUCUAAUCUCUAUCAUAUAGAGAAUAAGCAGAAAACUAGGAGGGUAUAUGAUUAGAAUGUAUAUCUUUUCUAAUUCACAUUACAAUUUGCAGAUAUCUUUUUAUUAAACUAGAAUCUACCUCUGAUCACAUAUCAGGCUAAUACAGAAGGAUAGGAAAAUAUUUGAUUUUGGAAGAAUACAAAGAAAUAGGUCCAUUAAUACACUUUUAUUAUUUUUCAUCUCAAGUGAAUGACUAAUCACAGUACACACCUACCUGACUUUGACUUUAGACUUAUGAAUGUUAGUUUCACAUGGCCAAAUGUUGAGAUCUAUACACUGAAAUUGUCUGGGCAGGGUUUGGAUAAAUUAAAAAUUCAAACAAUAUCACAUAAAUUUCUGUGUGUAAUUUGGUUUAAUUUGGUAGAGUUGAUGGAGUUGGUAGAGUCUAAGUUAUUGAGCUAGUUUAAAAUUAUGUGUCCCAUUGUUGUGUGAUCAGUUCUAUCACCUGACUAAUUUUUUUUUUUUUAAAGAAAGGCUUUAAGACUGAGCCCUUGGGGGCACAGAGGAUAGAGCACUAGUCCUGGGAGUCAGGAGGACCUGAGUUCAAAUCUGGCCUCAGACACUUGACACUUA